AUGUCAUUCUUGGAUGCAAUAUCCCGCCCAGGCACGAAGGCGCACCGAUCUAACGGAACACUUGACGAGUUGCUCAGCGAGCUCAUACACAGCAUAAAUGAACUACAGAAGAAGAAUGGACUGUUGGGUACGAAGAGGGAUUCGCAAGAACUGCGUUACUCAGUCGAGAUGGAAUUGGUUCCCCAAUGUGAAACCCUUCGAGACCGAAUCGAGCAGGUUGUCUCUGGCGAUUAUUCAAAUGGCAAGUUAGCCACCGAUUUCGCGAGCCUUAAAGGAGAAUUAAUAAGGAGCAAAAGACAAUUCAGCGAGCUCAAAUCGAAGUUUCCACUCCGCAAAGCUCAAAGGCCCAGCUCAAACUCCGUUGUUUCUCAGAACUCCGGCUAUGUUUCGAUGCCCGUGGCUAUAGCUGAGGAAACGACACCUUUGUUGCAAGAUCAAGGAAGCCGCGAUCGGCAGCAACAGCUGCAGCAACAAGAGCAGCCUUCCGUUUCUCAGGACGAGCUGAAUUUUCACACUCUCAUCCAACAGGAGAGGUCCGAGGAGAUCUCCCGCAUCCACACAGCUGUUCAAGAGGUUAACGCGAUAUUCCACCAGUUGGGAUCUCUGGUACGAGAGCAAGGCGAAGACGUUGAUAACAUAGACAGCAACAUUUCAGGGCUCGCAGGAAAUCUUCACAGGGCCAACGAACAAUUGGGUAAGGCUGACCAGUCUCAGCGGAAAAAAAAUAGAUGCGGGAUCAUCACUCUGGUUAUUAUUGUAGUAAUCGUCCUGGUGGUGAUUUUGGCGGCGUUAAGCUAA